UUUAAACGAAUAAAAUUUGAAUUGUCUUAAACUAUUUUUGCAUAAAAAAACAGUAGGCUUAUCAUUCGUAGUCAACAUCGAAUUGGGUUGAAGUACGUUUUGUUUUCAUUUGUCUUCAAGUUAAAGCAGAGAGUUACAAUAAUGCCGGCACAAAAGCCCCCCGAAAUCAAGUUUCCCAUGCAUAAUGUACACUUCAAGCAAACGCUUGGCAACUUGAAAGUGGCUUGCACUCUUGCCCUGGUAGCCCCACUUCUUCUCUACACUUUCAGAAAUAAUGCACGCAAAAGGAAGUAUAGGAACUUCUACUCCAAAUACGAUCCGCUAGAUGCUUUCGACCGCAUGAUGAGUGGAGGCUACUUGUCUUCCUGUCCUCCGGGAAGUGGUCCCAAAAAGGAUAAAUAGAAGAAAGAUGCCACCACAUAUGUCGCCCUAAAACACCAUACCAGAAAGGAAAUCUGACACGACUCUCAACUCUUGGAAGUUACAUAUCUGAAAACUAAUAGCUUAUAAACCAAAGCCAUUAUUCCAAGCCGGUGCUAUAAUCGGUUGCUUACCAAUAUGGAAUACCAAAUUAUUCAAAUUAACAAGCUUUCCUCAUUCGCGUUCUCCUCAUUAAACAACAGAACUAUUCUUGGAAUUUUAAAUUCUAAUUAAAUUGUCAAACAGAAAAAACUGAUGGUGUUAAUAAAUUAGAGCAAUGCA